AUGGCUCCCCUGGCGAAGCCCCUCCGAACACGCCGGAGUGGGGGCUCCGGUCCUCCUGGACCAUGGUCAAGGGGAGGGCCUGCCCACGCGGCUGACCCCGGCCUGCCCGUCCUCAGGUUCCCGUUCAGCCGCCCGGAGCUGCUGAGGGAAUGGGUGCUGAACAUCGGCCGGGGCGACUUCGAGCCCAAGCAGCACACGGUCAUCUGCUCCGAGCACUUCCGCCCCGAGUGCUUCAGCGCCUUCGGGAACCGCAAGAACCUGAAGCUGAACGCCGUGCCCACCGAGUUCGCCUUCCAGGGCCCCGGGCAGCUGGCGAGGGAGAACACAGCCCCUGCGGCAGAGGCCGGAAAUGCCAACUCUGAGGAAGGGAAGGUCCUCCUGGCUGUGGGGGCCGGGGAUGGUCGCGGAUGCCCAGGGAGGAAGACGGAUACCGCCCUCGGCGCCCUUCAGCCGCCGCCAGACGCCAGGGAGCCUGAGAGACAGGUCCUGCCACACGGACCGGAAGCGGCCAGAGCCCCCGGCCAGCCGGCCAGCCCCUCGGGGCCUAAGAAGCCCCCACCCACGCAGCCACCUGACCACAGCUACGCCCUUUUGGACUUGGAUGCCCUAAAAACAAAGCUCUUCCUCACACUUAAGGAAAACGAAAAGCUCCGGAAGCGCCUGAAAGCCCAGCGGCUGGCGAUGCAGAGGCUGCGUGGCCGCCUCCGCGCCCGCGGGCAGCAGGGACUCCAGGCCAGGCCGCGGCCCCAGCAGCGCAGCUGAGUCCGUUGCUGGACCCCGGGGGCCUCUGCGGGGCGGUGGUGGCAACGCCGGGCCGCGGCUGGACACUCGGUCCUCCGUUGCUCGGCGGGAGGGACAGCCGCGCAUGGUGGCCGCCUCCCUGGAGGGGCACUGUCGCGUGUCCCAGCCCAGAGGGACCGCUCCACAGCUGGCCGUGGCGCCCCGGCGAGGGUGGGUCGCCCCCAGCCCACUGCAGCCGAGGGGGGCGCAGCAGCACCCGAUGGCCCGUUUGAGGGGCCCGUGUCAGCAGACAAUAAAGUGCCCUGCAGUGCGGGAGGGCGAGCCGGGGCGCUCUGCUCCAGCCAGCCAGGGCUGAGCCCUCUGGCCACAAGCAUCUUACGUCAGUGGGUGAAGGAGAAAAACCAGGGUCCCGCUGCUGACCGCAGCACUCCAGCUGUGCACUGUGCUGGGCGGAGGGCCAGGU